GUCCGGGCAGCAAGUGCGCCGAUCGAAAAGUCUCGGCUUUUGCGAAUAGGCGCCCUUUUCCUUUUUGAAUCCCUCGUGGGGGAUCUCGUAUUAUUGCGGCCUCUCAGGAGGUCUUACGGGGUUUUACCCGGAAAUCCUCGAGUUUCCGAAACACCUGUAGGUUGGCGAGGAACCAUUACAUACCUGACACUCUCUAGGUAUCGUUAAUAAUUGCCCUAUGUGUCUCCGGGGCCGUGCCAACGCGAGUCCCGGGAGGCGCGAGGCUGAGCCGUCGACGGGGAGUCCCCCUUCGGCGCAGACGGCGGAAGGGGGCCCUGUCGCUGCGAUGGGCAGCACGGACUCGGCGGGGGGUGCCGGGGGCGGAGGGUCCUCCUGCGGCCUAGUGAGUUCGCUGUUCCCGAGCAGCUGCAGGGGUCGCGCCGAGGCCUUCGCCAGGAGGCUGCACCGCCGGCUCACCUCGCUAGGAGGGGACGAGGCGCCCCGAAAACAGCCACGCGCGACGGAGACCUCCUGGUUGCAGGGUCCGGGCACGAGCCCCAAGCCACCCGGGCCCCAGCGGAAUCACGUGCUGGAGCGCCAACCGCGACACAGCCUCGACUCGGACCUUUGCUUCGAUUUCGACCUGGAGGAAAAGAACGGGCCCGGCUCACCGCCCGAGGAGGUCAGCGACUCGGAGCUUCCAGACCUCCUGGUGAAUCCAAGAACCCUGAAGACCGGCCACCAUGAAGCGUGCCACUGCUCCCUGGGCUGCGCCAAGCCCCCGGACCGAAACCGGGAUCCCGAGUCAGGGUGCUUCUUUUGCUCGCCGGUGACCGGCACCCCACCUGGCAGCGACUCCUCCGAGACCUACUUCGACCCCGAAUCCUCGGACGUGGAGAGAUCGGAGAGCUACUUCGACCCGAUCGCCACCUCCGAGAGCGAGGUCUCCAGCCUGUCGAACGGCGAGCUCAGGGGCCACGAGCGAGGGCCUUCUCGCUGCCAGCCCAAAGUCGCGGAGGAGGCCCCUCGGAUCGUGACCGAGGCACCUCGGCAGGUGGAGAGGGUCGCGAAAAGCAGCUCCGAGGAGUCCUGCAACGGUAGGAGCUCGAUGGACACCACCUCGCCGAGCCACGAGUCCUUGUGGAGCACCUUUGACGAGAGCACCGCGUCCUCGCAGGAGGAGAAGCCAAGACAGCGACCGGAGAGGAGUCACCUAGGGGACGGACUUCGGUGCCUCGUCAUGAAGUCUCACUCUGACUCGGAGCUUCCGAAGAUCGUCGCGAAAGAGAGGCCGCUGGAGGGCAAGCCGGACACGGAGGAGGUCGAGGAGAUCCUGGAGAUCGAGGACGUGGACGAGGUCGACUUCGUCAACGGGUACUCGGAGUCGAGUCUGUCGAGCGCCGAGGAGGCCACUGCGAAGAAUUACGUAAUCGUCGUGGAGGAGCCCGAGGACUCGCCGAGGGCCGUCGACGAGUUUCGCGAGGUGGCCAAAAUUUUGCCGCCCAGGAGCACCCAGGAACUGGGCCUGGACGAGCCGGCCAACAGCAGCAGCGACACCGACACCGAUCACUCCACCUACAGUAGCACCGUUAACAUCCCCUGCGCCCUGACGCUAGAGUGUCCCACCGGGACUCGGAUCCAGCUCGAGGAGACCCUAAAGAACGAGGUGCAGCUGCAGAUCAAGGACGGCACCGUGACAAACGGCGACACCGGCGAGGACGUCGUCGAUGAGAAGAUCGCGGGGCUGUUGAAGAGACUGGGCGCGGAGGAGGCCGAGGUCGAGGUCAAGCCCGAGACGAACGGCGAGCUGGAAGAGGACCGGCUGGACCGACCUCAGCGACUCCGCCGAUGCUCCUCCCUGAAGACUGGGAAGACUCCACCCGGGACCCCCGGCAGAAAGAAAAUAGUGCGCUUCGCCGACGUCCUCGGCCUCGACCUGGCCGAUGUGCGUACCUUCCUGGACGAGAUCCCCCGAGUCCCAAACUCGGCAUACUCGGACCUGGUCUACGACGACCUCUCCACGAAGGAGAUCGUGGUGCCUCACGUGAACGGCCACCCAUGGACCUUCAGGAACCCGGACACGAGGAUCACCCUGACCACUGGGAAGCCCGACCGCACUCUGGUCCCCCUGUUCCAGCAGCCAGGUGGUCUGCCCAACUUCCUCGACCUCGUCCGCGAACGGCAAGUCUGCCUGGAGAACGUCCUCGUCCACGACCCCGUCAGUCUCAUUCUUCAGGGCACCGUCCGCGUCCGCAAUCUCGACUUCCACAAGUCGGUCCACAUCCGGUACACCAUGAACCAGUGGCGCAACUACAGCGACCUCCAGGCCACCUACGUGCCGAACUCCUGCGACGGGUUCAGCGACAAGUUCACCUUCGUCCUGUACGGCCACGCCCUAAAAGUGGGUCAAAGGUUGGAAUUCGCGGUCAGGUUCCAGUGCAAGGGCUCCCAGUACUGGGACAGCAACUCCGGGGCCAACUACUGCUUCCAGUGCCUGCCCAUCGCCUCGCCCAUCGGGUACAUACCCAUCACCUCCCCCGCGCCCAACGCCCACGACUGGUCACCUAUGUUCUACUGAGGACCCUUGCGCCCCGAAGAGGCGCCCGAAGAGCACCCGAAGAGCACCUUCGUCGAGACGCGACCAGCCACUUCGGACAGCUCUCGACUGGACCAACUGAAUUGGACGGGAUCCCCCGAGUCACGUCGAAGAAGGUCGACGGACCUUCGCCUAGGACUGGGGAACCUGCGACCUGGUGAACCGGCGAACCGAGAACCCAGGAUACAAGGACCUGGAAUAGUCGCUCCCGGUUUUGGUGUGGCAACCCCGGGUCAAAGCACUCGCACCUGCACCUGUUCUUCGAAUCUUUGGUGCAGCCUUCACACCGAAGAGCCCAUCGUGCCGGUCCACGAAUUCGAUUAUGGGACCCCGAUAACAGGGCCCAUUGUUUCCGGUAGAAGAGAGCUGCGCCCGCGUUUUGGUUGGCCAGCGACAAUGAAGCGAGACAACGCAGGGGUUGGAUCGUAAAGCGGGACCCGAAUGAGGACCUCGAAUGGGUCGCUGUAUCCCUUUUUUAUCGGGAUCUUGGAAAGCGCCAGCGACGGUUUCGCCCGGAGACAUCUUCCAUCCCGAAGAGGAUCCUGAUAAGGGAGGUCCUUUCGGUCCUGUCGAUGAAUCGUAACGGGAAGGGUCUUGGAGAUAAAGGGAUAAAGAGGAGGCGGCGCCCGAAGGCGUCGGAAGGAUUGACUUCUCGAAGAGUCUCGAGAGAGGAUCCAGAACGCACCUUGAUGAGUUCCUGGGCACGAGGAUACGGGAGAGCGAACUUGGUACUUAUUUUUGUGCCGAUGGUUCGGUCACAUCGAACCGGCCACGGACGUAGACGUCCAUUGUACAUCGCCUCGGAGACCUUUAGAAACGUGCCGAAGACUGGAAACCCACGGAAGAAUGUUCCUGCUAGAGCCACCGAGCCUUCGAGGGUGCUCUUGGGGAGGUGCUAGUCGAGGAGAAGAGCCCUUCCGAUCACUGCUACCUUGACCCUCUGCAAAGACCGAUGCCGAAGACCUUCCCGAAGACCUCAUCUUCGGGACGCUUUGAACCGUGAAAACUGGCGACGAUGUCCUCCGAAGCCGAGUCGGACCCAUCCUUCUCUGGCGAGGCUAAAUUGAUGAAAAAUUAAAAACGAGCGUCGUCAUACGACACGCGACAAUAAUUGUUGCGAGCGAGCAACGGUCGUCUCGUUUCUCUCUCGGUUCUCGAUCUCCUGUACAAGGGAGCGUUCCUAAAUUUCAAACCGAACGCGUUGUUGGUAUCGCACGCGAGACUUUCGUUGGUUUUUCUAGGAGGAGUGAGUAUCGUUGUUAUUUAUUACUUGUUAGCACGUUCCCUUCUAUCGGCUGUUCCUCUCACGGAGUUCAAUUGCACGAGUGAUUGCCAAACAUCGAGCUCUCGUUUUUUCUUUUUCGUUCGUCGUUAGGAACUGACGGAGGGCUUUAAACUAUAGACUGCUUUAAAGUUAACGUCUUUUAUACUGAAUCGCGCGAUGUCAUGCAGUUGGAUUUUAACUAUUUUACAGGUUAAUAUUUAAUAGCUGUGAAUAUACUUUUUAGAGGUUUUCUUGUUAUGUCCGGCGUCAUCUUUUCCGAUUCCAACGGAUUCUCUGUCGUUCGCGAAAACUGUCGGCACGAGAUUAUCGACUCCGCUUCAAUGUUGAUAAUUAUUUUUUGGGAAUCGACGGGUACCUUGACGGUUGAAUUUUUCUUUAGUCGUUACACAAAAUAUGUCGUAGGGGAUGUGUCAAUCGUGCAGUUGGUAGCGAUUUUACAAUUGAGAGACUGAUCCACCUUCUCGACGGAGGGGGUGCCAAAAAUCCUCCCUCCUUCCUCUGGCGGGCAAUAAUCCGUUACUUCUUAUCCUGCCCGAAAUUACUAUCACCCGAUAGCAGUAGCAGCAAUAAUUCAUUCACUUUUCGCGCAAUCGAGUAUCACCUGCCAAUGACUGCCGAAACGGCACUUGCGAUCGUUUAAACAAUAGGUCAAUUGUUCCGCGCGGUCUAAGGAGGGGAAGAUAUUUAUAUUAUAUUUUUCAUUAACGAAACCGUACAACUCGAUGUAUAUAUACACAAGCGGACGUAUGUUUCCGUUCCCGUAUCGUCGAUUGUUGCCUCCGAAAUUUUAUAUAUAUACACAUAUAUAUAUAUAUAUUACAAAUAAUAUAUUAUAGAUCUAUUUACGAGAUACUUUACAAGAUAUAUUGCGUACCUAAAAGAUAUAUAUAUAUGUGCGCGGUUGGGGAGGCGCGUAAUGUUUCUACCGUAAUGUUUAUGCCGAUUGAUGAAUUGUUAAGACUACAUUACGCCGUAUUAUCCCGCACCUUGCGGGAAGAAUUUACGUCAAGGUUAAUCCGUUUUAAAUUAUUAACCACUCUCGGGCAUCGAACAACAAUUGCCGACAUCGAACGUUAACGAUUCUUGAAUAUAUCACUUCAAUUUCGAGGCCGCGAGUGCGCCGAUCUGUCGCGAUCGGGAAAGAAUGGAGAUUUGUUGAUAAACGAAAGGAAAGGACUUCGAGCCGCGAUUAGUUAUCGGAGGAUGUAACUUAAGUGUUAUCGCGUACGUUAACAAGUACCUUAAGUCUUAAUUAAGGGCGUCGUAACUAAUUAUUUCCGCACAAAUCGCGAGCCGGGUCCGCCAUUUGAAACGCGUCCUUCUUAAUUCCUUUGGUCCUUUACUUCUCUCUUUCAUAUUUUCCUUUCGCCAUUUUUUUAUUCACUCGUUAGGUCCUUCUUCCUCUUCCGUAUCCCGCGCAUCGAGGACCACGGCCCAUCGAAAAUAUCUCGUAGGAGUAAGUUAGUAUAUUUUUGUAUUCGCACGAAGUAGCUCCUCUAGUCGUUGAAAGAAACAAUAUCCUAAUUUUCUUUUAAUUUCUUUCUCUCUUGAGCGAGGUUUUCGAAAAGCAGCGCUUUUACAGUCGACGCGAAACUCAGUCCAUUUUAUCUCGAGGUAUUCCUCCAUUUUAUCCAGAGAUCGCGUUAAGUUUCUCAAAAAGGGAGAGAAUUUUAGUACGUGUAUUUGUCGCUUUUUGCAAUAUAUAUCCUUUUGAUAAAGCCGCGAGAGAUUAUUUAUCGCUUUUACAGAGCAGAUCGGACGAUCGUCUUAGUUUCCCCUAACUUCGGACGAAUUUUUAUUCUAGACGGCUUGACCGAGCCUUCGAACUGUUUCCAAACUCGCGAUAGUGUCUGCUGAGGAGAAAAGUAUAUAAAUAAAUAGAAAUAUAUCUACAAAACGAAUAUUUUCACGCGACACCGCGAAGAGACGGUGGGAGAUAUUUUUUUUUUUACAAAGCUUCGUCCAUUUAGCGCGCUGAAUCUCGACGCAAUCUUUCCUACAAUAUUUUCUUUUCCGAUAUUUCCGUCGUAGCUAUCUUCUCGAGUCAAUGAGAAACUAGGAAAAACUGCCUAAAAUCCCGGUCCAGAAUAAUCCUCGAUCGACGCGAACGAUGCUUCCGUCCUUCUCCCUUCGCAAACACGAAUGUCGGCCAAAAACUUCCAAGAUAGAAUAAUAAGUUGCGAUCACGGAGGAAUUAGUUCUGGCAGAGAACCUGCACAUUGGAGUAAACGGUUCUAACUCGAAUCAAUAGUAUUAGGAAGGUAGUGGACAAAGUAUAAUCUGAUAAUGAGAAUGAUUUUCUAGAAAAUUCUAUGAAACUUCAUCCAUUCGUCCCCUUUCAUCCGCAUCGACAAGGUAAUAAAAAAUGUUUCCGCCGUGUCCUAACCAGCAGUUAUUCACAUUAGAGCGUGAUAUUUAUUUAGAGCUCAGAUUAAAGACUAGGAUCAUAUUUUGUCCAUUCUUGAGAGUCGAGGGAGGAAAAUAAGCGCUUAGGUGGUAAGGGAAGCCUCGCAUUAGCAGGAGCAUUUUCAUAAUUGUUAUUUCUUGUAGAAACUGUGCCGUUUAAGGGGAAACGACCAUUUGGUUGAGAGAAUGCGUCCGAAGGGCAAUAAAUGAGGAUGCAUGCUUAUGUGAGAGUCCGUGAGUGUGUGGAAAAUGAGAAAAUGGAUAUUCUUUUGCCUCGGUAUUUCGUGAAUCGCGUUUCGAGAUUAGCGGAACUGACGAAAAACAAGAUGGCGUCGCGGGGGCGAACAGCUGAUCUCUCGAAACAUGGCGAGAUGGGGUGAUUACGUUAUCGCGAGGAUGCAAGAGAAAACGCGAGAGUGGGCAUUCGGUAAAUCCACGUGCUCCGAUACAAUUGUACAUACGAGAUAAAUGGAACAGAGCAUCUAUACAUUAUACAUACGCAUAUAUAAAUAUAUAAUAUAUCUGUAACGUUGUUCUAUAUUAUUAAGAUAAUAAAAGGAGAGAAAAUUGA